AACCGUUGGACCGGCAAAACGGCGGCGGCGGGCGGCGAUCUUCGGGUUUGUGGAGGGACACCGCCGGGCGGGGAAGAGGGGAGAGCGAUUUUCCGACGUCGGCGGGCCGCGCUGAAGACGUCGGCCAGUCCCGUGUCGGAACGCUCUUGCCGUGCAUCACAGCCGCCCGAAAUAUUCGUUUUCGUCCGUUUUCCGCGCACAAAUACGUCGCCGUUAACGUCACCAUGUCGUCCGAAACGUCUCGGCGACACCAACGGCCGUGACCGACAGCUCGCGACAAUGACCGCUGCGAUGCCACCGCUCGUGCUGGUACUGGCGCUGCUGCUGACCGCCGCAGAUCGGGUUUGUCCCGCGCUCGACGGCGGAUCCGCGGCCGUCCACCCCGAAGCGGCCGCCACGGCCACGGGCGUCUGGUCCAAGUUCGGGCUGGUCGUCCAGAAGCACGCGGCCGGCCAGUCGACGCCGCACACAACAGAGACGUCGGGCAUAAUCAUGAGGGCCCCCGACCCCCCGGCCACCGGCGUUGGGCCACCACUAGCGUCGCCGACCAUCUCACCUACGGCCCUGGGUAAGUCGUGGACACAGAUAUCCGUCACGCACCCGCCGCCGCGACCUCCGUCCCACUCGCCGGUAAAAUCUGCUACCGCGACCACUGCCAAGUCUGUGGUGGCCACCAGCACGCACGACGCCCGCCGGGACAUACCGUUCAGGUAUCAACCAUUGAUGAGCACCACCAAGCCGAUGAUCACCAUCACCUUCCCGCCACCUCGCUUGUCCACCGCCCGGCCGACCAUCGGUACGGAGGAGGUGACCUCCAAGCGGGUUAGGCAGUACGAGGACGACGAUGACGAUGACGAUGACGACGACGACGAUGAAGACGAGUAUGACGUGGACGACGACGACGAUCAUGAGGAUAAAGGUGAGGAAGAAGAGAUUGAAGAGAUCGUCGAAGUACAACACAUCGACUCGUCCGACGGUUACGGAGAUGAAAAGCCAGCAAUCGUCAAAAAGAAACGCAGACGAAAAAAGAAAGGCAAAAAGCACAAGCCGUUCAAAGUGAAGGAUUUCAAAAAACUAAAAAAAUUUAUGCUGCCACUGCUGUUGGCGUACAAGCUCAAGUUUUUCACGCUUGUGCCACUAAUGUUGGGUGGACUGGUGCUGAUCGUGGCCACCACUGGUUUUGCUGGAUUCUUUUUCGCGCUGUUCGCAGUUGGGUUGGGUCUCAAGGGACACCAUUAAUGGAUCUUCAAGAAAAUGGUUUGCGGCGUACGCGACGUCUGUAUACAACUAUGCGUCGUAUUGAAGACGUGCAAGAGGAUGCAGGACGAUGACAUUGACUCGUCAGCGGACACACAAAAUACAAAAAGAAAGGAAAACACAAACAAAAAUAUACAAAAAAAAAAAAAAAAAAAAAGAAAAUAAAA